CGCCGCUUCCCCAGUUGCCUCUCUCCGGGAAAAUGGAGAGCGACGGGCUGUCCAGCACGGACCAGAAGCUGAUCCGGGAGAGCUGGCAGAAAGUGAGCGCCAACCCCCUGGAGCACGGCAUCGUCCUGUUCACCAGGCUUUUUGAUUUGGACCCUGAUCUCUUGCCCCUUUUCCAGUAUAACUGCAAGAAGUUCUCUUCUCCUCAGGAGUGCCUCUCAUCACCUGAGUUCUUGGAGCACAUUAGAAAGGUAAUGCUGGUAAUAGAUGCAGCUGUAACCCAUUUGGAGAACUUGCACUGUCUGGAGGAGUACCUUGCCAACCUGGGUAAGAAACACCAGGCGGUUGGUGUGAAGGUGGAGUCCUUUUCGGCUGUGGGGGAAUCUUUGCUGUAUAUGCUGGAGAAAUGCCACGGUCCGGCCUUCAACCUGAACGUGCGUGAAGCCUGGACCAAGCUUUACAGUGUUGUGGUGAAAGCCAUGAGCUGCGGCUGGGAUGUGCCCAGAAAGGUGGAAUGAACCUGCCCUCAGGAUGCUUGGGGGAGGGGGGGCUUUGGCUGACCUUAAUCAGGAACAGCUAUGAGUUGAGAGCAAGCCAGCCUUUCCAACUCAGUAUAUUUCAGAGUAAUCUCCACAGCUCUCUCUCUUUCUCUCUCUUAUUUACUUUCACAUUCCCCAUCUCUCUUGUGAUAACGUGACGAUGCUUCCAAAUUUCACUGUGCCGGUUCUACAUCUUUGUGCGCAGGGGGCAGAAGAGAGCCAGUCUGGCUGUUGUUAGCUGCUGCAGCAGCUUUCCUUCCAAAGAGGCUUGUUCCAGCUCUUUAUUCCUCAUCACCUCCUUACAAAGAGUAAUUACAAAGUUCCCUUGGCACAGAGUGGAUGUUGCACCGGCCACUCCGUAAGGAGAGCGAGAGAGAGCGAGAGAGCGAGAGAGAGAGAGAUGGUUUCAGUGAUGUUAGUCAACAAUGUGUGCAUUUCCUUGGGGUUAUCCAAGUGGUAUAGCUCUUUCUUUCUUUUUUAAAGUGGGUUAAUUCUUAAGUACAUCUAAGCUGGAUGAAGGCUGGAGGUUUGAAAUGCUUGGCCGCAAGUUAUAACUUGAAAGUCAAUGAGAAAGCAGCAGCUGUCAGUUCCUUGCGUGUGAAAAUAAAAAUUUGUAGCGAAAUUAGUGACAGAUGCAGCUUUUAUUCUAGGAAACGCUUCCAAGAAUUUAUCCUGGUUUCUAGCCAAAGAGAGUUGGUAGCAUAAAAUCCAUUUCUGGACAACUGCUGUAUUGCCAUUCAUCCUCUUCCUCCCAAGACAUAUUUAUACAGCUUUCUGAGUGCUUGACAGAAUCCUCUUGGGGUCUGGGUUUUUUGUUUGUUUGCUUUAUUUUAAUUAGCCCUCAUUGUUGUAGAGCCCAUGCUACAAAAUUAGAAAUGUAGACAACUUUGGGCGCAAGCAUUGGGCACUUACAGCAGCCUUCACCAACCGGGUGCCCUCCAAAUGUUCUGGCUGGAAAUCAUGGGAGUUGUAGUUGAGCACAUCUGGAGGGCACUUGGUUGGGAAAGGAUGAUUCAAGGUACCUCUCCCUUUUGGCUACUUUCACUCCAAGGGCAGAUAGGCCCAUAGGAAAGUUCUGGGUGGAUCAAGUCUGGGGUUGAUGGUGUGAGAAGUCAGAGUGCGUGCAUUUUCUUACAGGUGGGGAGAGAUCGUCUCUCCCCCCACACACAUAAUAACUGGAUGAAAGGGUGAGGUUGUGGUCCUUCUACUAAGUCCACUAGUGCAUGUGUGGCCUAGGAAAGCUUGGAAGGAUGUGGAUGGUCCCAUAAUGACCACUAGUAGCACU